UUCCUGUGCUGCUUGAUGGCUGUCGCCACUGCCCGUCCAGACAGACCCGUCCACGACGGGUACGGGUAUUCUGCCCCUGAUCACAAACUGUCCUACGGGCAUGAGAAAUACGAGAAGGGAAUGCCUUUCGACUUCAACUACGACGUCAAGGACCACUACAAGGGGCUCGACUACGGCCACAACUCCAACUCCGACGGGAACCUCGUGACCGGUAAGUACUACGUCCUCCUCCCCGACGGUCGCACCCAGAUCGUCAGUUACACCGCCGACCACUACAAGGGCUACCAGGCUGAGGUCGCUUACGAGGGGGAAGCUAAGUACCCCGAACCAGGGCAUUAUAAGGCUGCCCCAUCCUAUGAUCAUCCUGCCCCCGCUUAUGGGACGCCAGCUCCAUCCUACGGUCAUCCUACCCCUGUUUAUGGGACGCAUGCCCCAUCCUACGGCCAUCCUACCCCUGUUUAUGGACAUCCAGCUUCUGCCUAUUGAGUUAUAGAUUAGAUGUAAAUCUCUAUUUAUAAUAUCAAUAAAUUAAUGUAGUAAAAUUA